AUGUCUCUUAUUCCUCAAAUCCAACAAAAAUUAAAUUUACUUGCUCUUAAAGAUUCUUUUAUUUCAGACUGUCUUCAAGAAGUUCAACAAAAUCAUUCUGAAUUACUUGGGGAUAUUAACUCUAUAAUAGAGCACAUUUAUAAUAUAUUUUUAUAUAAUGACAUUCGCUUAACCUCUAAUCCUGUUUUAAGUUCUUAUUCAUUUGAUAUAAAAGAAGAUAUUUUGGAACAUGCUAUUUUACAGUGUGAUGAAUAUAGCGAUAUUGGUAACACUGUAGAUGACCAAUUUAAUGAAACAAAGAAUAGGAUGAUGAAACUGUCUUUAACAGAUGGUACUACAUCAAUUUAUGGUUUUGAAUCAAAUCAUAUUGAUAGUAUUUGUAUGAGAAUGAAACCUGGAUUUAAGGUGGCUUUAAGGCAAGUAAAAGUAAGAAGGGGUGUAUUAUAUUUGAAUAAUUCAAAUAUUCAAGUAUUAGGAGGUGAUGUAGAAGAAUUAGUACGUUUUGAGGAAGAGAAACGUUCUGAGUUAGAAAGAAAGUAUCGCCCUUCAUACAUUCCAUUGACCGUUCGUCGUACUGCCCAAGUCCCUCUUGGUGCAGUAGAUGUUUCAGAAGAAGAGAGUGAUGACAGUUAA